UCUCACGUGCAAACGACUUUGUGCACGGAUGACCAGAGCAAGAACAGAAAGAAGAACAUCACAGCGAGAACAACGAAUCAGAUUCCAACUCUCAGUUCUCUCUCCUCUCGAUUUCUCAUCAGUUUCAUCGCUUCUUCUCUCUCAGUCCCAGCAUCAUCGUCUUUUUUCAACGCUACUCUUUCUCUCUCUCUUAAAUCAUCUCUCUAAACUUUAUAUAUCUCAGAUUCACGAUUGGGGCAAGAAUUUGAUUGUUCAGAUUAUCAGAUUUGGGUAUAUGUGAGGUUCACGAUCGUCUGAUUCUCUCUGGAAUGUAAAUCGACAGAACUCGCGUGGUCGAUUGAUGUAAAGUCUUUGAAGUUAGAUUGAAUGGUUUCUUUCUCGAUUGGUACUCCACACACUAAACUUCGCAUAUUAUUUGAUUUAGGAUAGGGGUUUUGUUGGACUUUUUGUGCAAAACUGUCUAGUGUAUGUUAAAAUCACUAGCACCUCUUGGAUUCUUGAUUGAUGUUGGUAUUUUGGAUUUUUGGAAGAUUUGGCUGUUGGGUCUUUGGUUUCUGAUCAAUCUAGAAUUUCUGUACACUCCCACAUGGGAAAAGCAAAAGCCCUAUGUUUACACAACAUCUCUUGAUGAUGUUCAUUUCGUUAUAAAUUGGUUUUGUCUGAGUCUUGUAAUUGAAUUUGAUAGAGUAGCUUCCGCGGAUUCUUUGUUUGGUUUUGAUGGGUAUGGAGUACCUCCCUGUUGAGGUCAUUGGUAACAUACUGUCCCGGCUUGGGGCUGCCCGAGAUGUUGUGAUAGCAUCUGCGACUUGCAGGAAAUGGCGAGAAGCUUGGCGAAACCACCUCCACACAAUUUCAUUCAAUUCCAAUGACUGGACUGUUUAUCAUGAUCUCACAACCAGUAGACUGGAAAUUCUUAUCACUCAGACGAUUUUACAGACGACGGGAUUGCAAUGCCUAUCAAUUAUUAUGGAUGAUGUUGAUGAGUUCUCAGCUGCCCCGGUGAUUUCUUGGCUCAUGUACACCAGGGAAACAUUGAGGCAAUUGUAUUACAAUGUAAGGACGACCCCUAACAUUAAUAUUCUUGAAAAAUGUGGUCGGCAGAAGCUGGAAGUUUUGUCUUUGGCUCAUAAUUCUAUUGCAGGUGUUGAACCCAGUUAUCAGAAAUUUCCCUGCCUGAAAUCUCUUUCUCUGAGUCAUGUUAGUAUCUCGGCACUGGAUUUGAGCCUCCUGCUCACUGUCUGCCCAAAAAUUGAGUCCUUGGUCCUUAUCAAUCUAGAUAUUGCCAUGUCAGAUGCACAGGCGACAAUGGAACUGAGUAGUCCAUCUUUGAAGGAAAUCUAUGUUGAUGCUAUCAGUUUAGACAAAUUUAUAUUGGAGGCUGAUAGCCUUGAGAAGUUGCACUUGAAAGACUGUACACUCGAGGUUUUUGAGCUAGUUGGCAAGGGAACCUUGAGGCUUCUUAAGAUUGAUGAUGUUAGUGUCAUUCAUCUUGAUAUUGGCGAGAGUACUGAAAAUCUCGAGGUCGUGGACGUUAGCAAUUUCACAAUAAUGUGGGCAAAGUUCCAUCACAUGAUCUCAAGAUCAUCAAAGUUGAGAAGGCUUCGGCUUUGGGGUGUUGUAUUUGAUGACGAGGAUGAGGUUGUGGAUUUGGAGACAAUAUCUCUGUGCUUUCCGCAAUUAAGUCAUCUGUCUUUAUGCUAUGAUCUAAGAGAUGGAGCACUUCAAUAUGGCUUGCAAGGUACAUCUCAAUUGGAGAAUGUAGUUGUGUUGGAACUGGGUUGGACUGUAAUCAGUGAUCUAUUCUCACACUGGGUAGCAGGGCUUCUUGAAAGGUGUCCCAAUCUCAGGAAGUUGGUCAUAUAUGGAGUUGUUUCAGAGGUCAAAACCCAUGAAGAAUGCCAGUUGGUAGCCAACUUUACCUCAUCCAUUGUUAGGCUCAUGAGAAAAUAUAUGCAUGUAGAGAUUCAGUUUGAAUAUGAAUAGAAGUUUUGGUGGAUGCCUUUACGGUAAUUCAAGUUUUUUUUUUUCCUGGAUGGGUUGUACAAGCAGCUGUAUGAUGUUCUAUGGGGAAAAUCAUGUUUUGUUCUUUUUCUAUCUUUUCCCUUUGCGGAUAAUUCUUUUUGGCUUUCAGCAAAUGUCAAUUCACCAUAUUUUUUUGUGUAGAAAUGCAUUUACUGCUUUAAUUUA